AUGAAGAGACACUUUGUCAUCUCAGAGGAGAAAACUCAGAAAAAUACUUCACGGAACACUUUUGGUUUCUGUUCCGGUGCGUUCGCUUCCAAACCGGAACACAAUUUUGAACUCUUCCGGUUUGUUGCCUAUGAUACCGGAACGCUUUUGAAAUCUGUUCCGGUUUGUUUUCAUCUCCACCGGAACCCUUUUGAAAACUGUUCCGGUUUAGCUCAGUUGCAAACCGGAACCCUUUUUGGAACUGUUCCGGUUUGGAAAAUGCGUACACUUGGACCAGACGGGAGACCACAUUCCCGCCGCCGCCGCGACGAAGCUGGUUCCUCUAACCCACCACCACAGCCAGUUGGAUAUCCUGGUGGACCAUCAGAUUUAUCUUUACUUGUUCGAUAUCAAGACCAUGUUGCUCGCCGGUUAUGGUACGGAGAGGAAAGAGGCUCUAAAAAGGAGCUUAAAGUUGCUGGGCACGGGACGAAGCUCCAGGAGAGAGUGCCUCAGCAGCUCCCACCUGAGAUUGAGGCUAUCGUGUCUAGGUCAGGUCUGGCUUCUCUUCAGAGAACUAGCCUGACCAAGAUAGACGUUAAUCUCGUCUCAGCAUUUGUGGAGAGGUGGCAUGUUGAGACUUCGUCAUUUCACAUGCCAUUUGGUGAAAUGACGAUUACUUUAGAUGAUGUUGCGUGCUUGCUCCAUUUGCCUAUCAAUGGUAUGUUCUGGUAUCCUCAUGAGCAUGUCACAGAGCAGGUGGCUGUUGAUCUUGGCUGUGAGUUAUUGGGAGUGGAUAGACAUGCCAUGGCUGUACAUGUGCGUUCUUGCAGGGGAGCUUAUUACUCACUGCAGUGGCUGUAUGACAGAUUCGUGCAGUACCGUGCUGCUGGUAGUUGGACUUACGCGACCAGGGCAUAUCUGAUGAUGUUGGUAGGUUCUACCAUUUUUGCGGAUAAGACAUUUACCCUGGUUGAGGCCCGAUAUUUGCUAUUGUUUAGAGAUCUACGUGGGCUUGGUUCAUACAGUUGGGCAUCAGCGGCACUGGCCACUCUUUAUCGCCACCUUGGGUUCUGGAUUAUAUUUUGGAUUCUAUAG